CGUGAUUAUCUUUUGUGGCUCUGGCCAGCCUCGCCAAAACGAAUUUCCCCUCAAUUUUUAAUUGCGAAACCCUAUCUCUCAAGACGGAUCCGAAAACUUUGUCACUACGUAUUGGUCUUCAAUCUCUGAUUUUGCUAACAUCGCUUCCGAUUUAAUACAGAUAUUGGAAUUAAUAAUUAUUCUUGGAGGCUGCUGUUCUCAUGCGGAACCAUCUUUUGGUGUUUCCUAAUUAGUUGAUGAAGGGGUUUCCUGAGAGUGACACCGAUUCUAUUGAUAAUUGCUGUACAAAAAAUUCUGGUUGCAGUAAUUCGCCAACAAAGUCUCCGGGUUCUGUCUCGGGCGAGGCAGAGCCGGGUAUUGGCUGUAGAAAGUAUCAAAUUUUGUCUGGGAUCUGGCCGCCUGCUUUAUCAAUAUUUGGGCAUUCAAGUGGUAGUUCAAAGAGAAGUGAGUGCAAGAGUUGCAGCACUAACAGUAGUAGUAGUAGUAGUAGUAGUCCUAGGAAAAAAUUGCCUAGUGGGAAGAACUAUUAUGAGGGCUGGAGAGCGGUGGUGAGGAGAGUCAUGAUGAAUGGUGGAUCGAUGAGGAGAAUAUUAGGUUUUAGUCGGACGGUUUUAUCAAAUUCCAAUAGCGAUAUCUGGCUUUUGGGUGUUUGCUAUCAUGUGGCUCAAGAAGGUGAUGAUUCCUCAAAUCCUACUCAGAGUGAGGGAUUUGCUGCGUUUGUUGAUGAUUUCUCAUCACGGAUUUUGAUCACCUACCGUAAAGGUUUUUUACCCAUUGGGGAUUCAAAGUAUAGCAGUGACGUUAAUUGGGGCUGCAUGCUUCGGAGCAGCCAGAUGCUUGUUGCCCAGGCAUUUUUGGUUCAUAAGUUAGGAAGAUCAUGGAGGAAAUCUCCGGACAAGCCACUCGAUGAAAGUUACUUGAAGAUAUUACAUCUAUUUGGGGAUGCUGAGGACUCUCCUUUCUCUAUACACAAUCUUCUUCAAGAGGGUAGUGCUUACGGCCUUGCUGCUGGCUCAUGGGUGGGCCCUUAUGCCAUGUGUCGUACUUGGGAAAGUUUGAUGCGGAAUAAGAAGGAAAGUGAUGGUGGAGUUCUAUCCUCAAUGAUGGCUCUGUAUGUUGUUUCUGGUGAUGAAGAUGGGGAAAGAGGUGGAGCUCCUGUUCUGUGCAUUGAGGAUAUAUCAAGAUACUGUUCUGAGUUCCAUCAAGCCCAAGUUGAUUGGGCCCCUAUAUUAUUGAUGGUUCCAUUGGUUUUAGGAUUGGAAAAAGUCAACCCAAGGUAUCUUCCUCUUCUGUGUGCUACAUUCCAAUUUCCGCAAAGCCUGGGUAUUCUAGGCGGUAGACCUGGUGCCUCAACAUAUAUAAUUGGGGUGCAAGAUGAUAAGGCAUUCUAUUUGGACCCGCAUGAAGUUCAGCAGGUAGUCAAUCUGAAGAAGGAUGAUGUAGAUGCUGAUACUUCAUCUUACCAUUGCAAUGUGCUGAGACAUAUUGCUCUGGAUUCUCUUGAUUCAUCCUUGGCACUUGGAUUUUAUUGUAGGGACAAAAGUGAUUUUGAUGAUUUUUGUGUUCGUGCAACAAACCUUGUUGAUCAAUCAAAAGGUGCUCCAUUAUUUACCAUAGCUGAGACCCGCAGAACCCCGAGGCCUGGAAACACUACAGAGGUUCAAGAUUGUGAUCUUGGUCAUGGGCUGCCUACAGGUGAAUCGGAGAAUUCUGGGCAGGAAGACGACUGGGAACUCCUCUGAUUUUCUAUGCUUCAGUCCAGUUCCAUAACCAACAACGUUGUAUCUACUUGAAACCACGAACUUGUGUGCUCUUCCACUUUCUUGUUGCUUUAGAGUAAAAGAUGUGUAUUUAGUUUGACAUUUAAUUGUUUAUUUAUUUAUUUUUAAUGAAGGAAAUUGUUAAAGGUUGUUAGUUGUA